AUCACUUUCGCUUCGAUCUACACGAGGCUACAUGUUUUCUGGUUUUUGUGCAAAUCAAUAGACUUGAACCUCCCGGGCAGGAUCUUGCUCUAUCUCGAAACAUCACCAGCAUCUGCUGAACGGCCAUGCGUCGACUCUGCGGGGUAAAACACCGUUGUUAGUCGAUUGGGCGCUGUAGUCCCGUCCCGUACGGCCUGCCUCUUGGUUUGGAUGAAUCAUCAAUACCUAGAUCUAAAAAGCCAAAGAGCGCGAUACAUACCCACCAAGCAUGGAUCCCAAAGCAUCAUCACCGUCAUCAUCAUCAUCGUCAUCACUCAGCAGUAUCCAGAAAGCCGUCUGGGACGGCAAACUGCCGCUGCACAUUACCCUGGCCCCGUCCGAAAGCCGGACCUUUGACCAGACGGACCCGUAUCUUAUCGCCCACCCGCGCCUCGCGUACCUCCCCUCUCUCCUGCCCCGACUGCGGGACUUCUUUGCAUCGGCCCUCAUCCACCCCACCUCCCGCCCGCAUGAAGGCUGGUUCUCCUUCGAGGGCGUCCCCCUGAAAUGGCACUACCCCGUCGGACUCCUGUAUGACCUCUACGCGGGCGCCGACCCGGCCUCUAAGGGUGGUGGUGGUGGUGGUGGUUCCCCCUCCGCCGCUGACGAAGACGCGGACCCCCUUCCCUGGCGGCUGACCGUGCAUUUCAGCGACUGGCCCGACGAGGAGCUGGUGCGGCUCGACGCCGACGGGAUGGUCAUGCACGACGCGUUCAUCAACAGCGUCAAGGAGGCGGAUUUCCUGCGCAACGGCACGGCCAAGGGGAUCAUGGCGCUGUCGAAGGAGGAUUCCGCGGGGCUGUGGACGGCGGUGAGAGAUGUGGACCUCCCCUCCUUCCAACGGAUAUCCAACAUCCUCCUCCCACCGCCCAACCAACCCUUCCGCAACGUCCCCGUCCGCUUCUUCCUGCCGUUGCCCCCGGACUCCGACUCCCCCUCGUUGAAGGUCGUCCAGUCGCCCAUUCCGCCGGUGAUCGCCCCGUCGUCGGCAUCGUCCGCGGCCGCGUCGACGAUGAGUAUCGCCGCGAGUCAGUCGAUGAUGGCCGCCGCGCGGGCAUCGCCGCAGAUCCAGACGGUCGGGUCGGCGCUGCAUGCGCUGCUGCCGAAUCUGUUUCCCAGUCGCAGGACGCCCGUGCUGGCGAAGCCGGUGCUCCAUGGGGCGGCGGUGCCGAUGGCGGCGCCGGUGGAGGAGCUGGUGCGGUGUUCGGCGUAUGGCGAUGGGUGGGUUUAUGUUGUGGUGCGGAUGAUGGGGUAGGUUUGG